ACACCCCACACCCCACUAGACUUGUUGUAAAGCUCUCACUCUGACAAAGUUGCGCAACGUCCCUUAUUUGGAUAGAUAAGAUCACGUGGUUCCCAGUACCUACAAUUAGCUGUAGUGGUGAGAGAGAGAGAGAGAAAGAGAGAGAGAGAGGGAGAGAGUUAAGGAAGAAGGAGAGCUUCAUACCGAAGCAGAGGGCGGUGAGUUGUAGCACAUGGUGUGAGCCUGUGAAAAUGCCCACUAACUUCACCGUGGUCCCUGUGGAGGACAGCAUCGAGAUAGCAGAGGAGGACGCGGACGAGGCUCUGGAGCUAUCUGGCAGACAAGGCUCAGGAGCUGAAACUCCGAGAGAGAGAAGCCCUUUUAUCAACAGCAUCGACCCUGACAGACUCAGCUACUACGAUGGAAAAAACAUGGCCCUUUUUGAGGAGGAGAUGGACAGCGCCCCUAUGGUGUCCUCCCUCCUCAACAAACUGGCCAACUACACCAACCUCACCCAGGGGGUGGUGGAGCACGAGGAAGACGAUAACGAAAACGAUGACGGAGUCAAGAGGGUCACCGUUAAGGGUCCUCAGAUGGGCACCUUCAUCGGCGUGUACCUGCCCUGUGUCCAGAACAUUCUGGGUGUCAUUCUCUUCCUGCGACUCACCUGGAUAGUGGGCACAGCGGGCAUCCUGGGCUCCUUGGCCAUUGUCUCCAUGUGCUGUAUUUGUACCAUGCUAACUGCAAUAUCCAUGAGUGCCAUUGCAACUAACGGUGUCGUUCCCGCUGGCGGGUCCUACUACAUGAUCUCCAGGUCUUUGGGCCCAGAGUUUGGGGGAGCUGUAGGCUUGUGUUUCUACUUGGGCACCACAUUCGCUGGCUCUCUUUACAUCCUUGGCACUAUUGAGAUCCUCUUGACCUACAUUGUGCCGGAUGCAGCGCUGUUUGUGUCGGAGCAGCAAGAGGGUCAGAAGGAGGCCAUGCUGAAUAACAUGCGUGUCUAUGGGACCUGCUGCCUGGCCCUCAUGGCCCUGGUGGUGUUCGUGGGAGUCAAGUACGUCAACAAGCUGGCUCUGGUCUUCCUGUCCUGUGUGGUGCUGUCGAUCAUGGCCACCUACGCAGGCGUCAUCAAAACCAUCAUCGAGCCCCCCGACUUCCCAAUCUGUCUGCUUGGAAACCGAUCCAUACAGAAUAUUGACUUUGACUCAUGUAAGAAACUGGAGGUGGUCAACAACGUGACGAGAACCACGCAGCUGUGGGGGCUUUUCUGCCAGAACUCCUCCAUCGAUGCCGUCUGCGAUGACUAUUUCACCCUGAACAAUGUGACUGAGAUCCAGGGCAUCCCAGGGCUGCUCAGUGGGGUCAUCUCAGAAAACAUGUGGGGGGACUACGGCCCCAAUGGAAUGCUGGUUGAGAAGAAGGCUCCGUCCGUUUCAGCAGAUGACAAAGUUGAGGACAAAUAUGAGGGGCCCCCAAGGCCCUACGUGUUCAACGACAUCGCCACCUGCUUCACGCUGCUGGUGGGAAUCUACUUCCCUUCAGUUACAGGAAUCAUGGCAGGGUCUAACCGGUCUGGAGACCUCAGGGAUGCUCAGAGGUCCAUUCCCUUCGGCACUAUCUUGGCCAUAGCCACCACAUCAUUCAUCUACAUUUCCUGUGUGGUGUUAUUUGGAGCCUGCAUUGAAGGUGUGCUUCUCAGAGACAAAUUUGGAGACUCUGUAAAAAGGAACCUUGUGAUUGGUACGCUGGCCUGGCCGUCUCCAUGGGUCAUUGUGAUUGGCUCCUUCUUCUCCUGCUGUGGUGCGGGGCUUCAAAGCCUCACUGGAGCACCUCGUCUGCUGCAGGCCAUCGCACGAGACGGCAUUGUGCCUUUCCUGCAGGUGUUUGGUCAUGGCAAAUCUAAUGGAGAGCCCACUUGGGCCUUACUGUUGACUGCUGGCAUCUGUGAGAUUGGGAUUCUGAUUGCCUCCCUGGACGCUGUUGCUCCUAUCCUUUCAAUGUUCUUCUUGAUGUGUUACCUGUUUGUCAACUUGGCCUGUGCUGUCCAGACCUUACUGCGCACUCCUAACUGGAGGCGGUUUAAAUUCUACCACUGGACUCUAUCAUUCUUGGGAAUGAGCCUUUGCCUUUCCCUCAUGUUCAUCUCUUCUUGGUACUACGCCUUGGUAGCGAUGUUGAUAGCUGGAUGUAUCUAUAAGUACAUAGAAUACAGAGGGGCGGAGAAGGAGUGGGGUGAUGGGAUUCGGGGCCUGUCGCUCAAUGCAGCACACUAUGCCCUCGUCAAACUAGAGGAGGCUCCACCUCACACCAAAAACUGGAGGCCACAGCUGCUGGUGCUGCUGAAGCUGGACACAGACCUGGCGGUCAAGCACCCUCGCCUGCUCUCCUUCACCGUCCAGCUGAAGGCGGGCAAGGGCCUGACCAUUGUCAGCUCAGUACUGGAGGGGUCCUACAUGACCAGAGGCGCUGAUGCCAAGCGCUCGGAACAGAAUGUGAGGUCGGUCAUGUCCUCCGAAAAGACCAAAGGCUUCUGCCACGUGGUGGUGUCCUCUAACCUGCGUGAUGGCUUCUCCCAUCUCAUCCAGACCGCAGGGCUGGGAGGCAUGAAACACAACACUGUGCUCAUGGCCUGGCCCGCCAACUGGAAGCAGGAGGAUGACUCCCUCUGCUGCACAAACUUCACAGAGACAGUGCGUGAGACCACAGCAGCUCACCAGUGUUUACUGGUGGCCAAGAAUAUCGACCAUUUUCCUGCCAACAAUGAGCGCUUAGAUGGAGGCACUAUUGAUGUGUGGUGGAUUGUCCAUGAUGGAGGCCUCCUCAUGCUCCUGCCCUUCCUGCUCCGCCAACAUAAAGUCUGGAGGAAAUGUAAAAUGCGUAUCUUCACAGUCGCACAAUUGGAUGACAACAGCAUCCAGAUGAAAAAGGACUUGCAGAAAUUCAUGUACCAUUUACGCUUAAAUGCUGAGGUGGAGGUGGUGGAGAUGCACGCGAGCGACAUCUCUGCCUUCACCUAUGAGAAGACCCUGGUGAUGGAACAGCGCUCUCAGAUGCUCAAACAGAUGCAGCUCUCAAGGACAGAGAGGGAAAGAGAGAUUCAGAGCAUCACAGACACCUCACGCAAUUCCAUCAAAAGGAAGAAGCCAGUCACAGAAACUCCUUCCACAAACACCUUGCAGGUUCCAGUCGAGCCCGCAGUUGAGAAUAAGGCUCAACUGAUCCAUGACAGGAACACAAAGGCCCACGCCUCCCUGAAUGACAAGGCGACCACCAGCCCCGACCGGGUCCACAUGACCUGGACCAAGGAGAAGCUUGUGGCUGAGAGGAACCGCAAUCGUGAAGCCAGCAUGGGCGUGCGCGACAUCUUCAACAUGAAACCAGAAUGGGAGAGUCUGAAUCAGUCCAAUGUCCGCAGAAUGCACACGGCAGUCAAACUGAAUGAGGUAGUGGUCAGCAAAUCUCAAGGGUCCCAACUGGUGCUGCUCAACAUGCCGGGUCCACCGAAGAAUAUGGGGGGCAAUGAGCACUACAUGGAGUUCCUGGAGGUGCUGAUGGAGGGACUGGACCGGGUGCUGCUGGUCCGCGGCGGGGGCAGAGAGGUCGUCACCAUCUACUCUUAGCACCAGGCCAGGCUUCAGGCAGGAGGGGGUGGAAGGGGCCACCGUCUGGCAGAGGAGCUCACUUUCCCACUGGGGUCCCCAGACUACUGGGUACAGCCUCAGACAAAGCAGCCUCAGCCAGUGGGGGAGAGGAAGGAAGAAGAGACAGAGGAGGAGGAGGAGGAGAGGAGGAGGAGGAGGAGGAGGCGGAGAAGGAGGAGAAGAGGAGAGGAGAGGGUGGGAGGACAGUGGGACUAACCUACCAGCACUGGAGGACUGAUGAGGGAGGGGGACCUGUCUCCCCAGAUGUCCCGCACACACACACACACCAUGAGCAGGAGGGAACACGGGCCUCUGGUUUACCCCUCUAGUGUAACACCAUGUGUUGCCCUCAGUUCAGGUUGGGUAUGUAUGCAUUGUUUCGGUGACGAGGAAGACGCCAUUUAUGUAUUAAAGUAGGAAUUUUGUAAAUGAUAGAACAAUCUCCUAAUGUAGCACUGGUGCAUUAUUGAGACUGGAUGCAUGUUCAUGGACGCUAAACUGUGUGAGAUGAGGUGUUUUCAAACACAAUGUGGUCUCUAACUUGGCAAGAGCUACAGGGGACUUUAUAGGCCGUUAUUUUCAUUUAUUUAGCGAAUAAUCUCCACAGUUAAGUCGUAAGCCAAGUAUGUAGAGUUGAGAUUUAACAAAUUAACUUCUGUGCACAUCAUGAUUAGAGUGAAACCAAUCAUCAGUUUGAUACUGAAUAUGGUCGUUUAGAAUUUAUUGCACAAUGUAUACUAGAAACAUUUACUGGCUUACAUGCUUCUCCAGUCUUUCCUAUUUAUACUCACUGGAGCCCAUUUCAAGCCUGUGAAUGAAAUUUCACACUUUGAGGCAGUUUUCUUAACGGUACAUUUCACUGUCAUUAACUGGAAACAGAUGUGUAUGCAGGUGGCUGUUAGUUAUUUUGUUUCCAUAUCACAUGUUGUGGGACUGAAAUACAACGUCAGUACUUUUGUUUGCUUACAGAUUGCCAUGUGACGUUUGCGCCCUAUUUGUUUUGGCUGGUUGUAGUUGCAUUCGAGUGUGGAACUGCCUGUCUAAAUCGUAUGGGUGUUGUUCUUAUUUGAAAGUACACUUUCAUUUCAGUAUUUAUAUUCAAGCAGAUUGAGAUUCAAAACAUUGUAUUUAAAACCUUGUCUCGUUAGUGUAUUGAUUGUCAAGUAAUUGUCAAGUAAAAAGUAAUGUAAGGGUCUGUAGAUGGUAUCAGAGGGUUUAGCCAAAUGUAAGGUUAGCGCUAGCUCUCUUGCACAGGAAAGUGAUGAAAUCAAGACCAAGUUUUUGUUGUAAUUGAAUAUAACAAUUAGAUGUGUGCACUAAUGUGCACACACACACACACACACACACACACACACACGCACGCACGCACGCACGCACGCACGCACGCACGCACAC